UACAUAUAUAAUCUCAUUUUCUUUCACAAAUCUGAACUUUUCGUCUCUCCAUUUUCUUCUUCUUCUUCUUCAAACAGGAAUUAUAGAUUGAGAAAAAGGAUGCCAGGUUGGUGGGGUAAAAAGUCCAGUAAGAACAAGGAAGACAGUCCUCGGAAUCAAACUCCCCGUGGUACCUCCGUCGGAUUCCUCAAGUUUUCACCUACUAAAACCGACGCCGCCACCGCCGCCGCUGCUGGAAAAAAGAAAGCACCGGCUGCAACACCCGAUGACAAGAACAAUAACUACCCAAAGGGUUGCGAUGAUGGAGGAGGACUUGUUUUCAGCACGCGUAGUUCGCCACGCGUGAGCAGGGAUUUCGGCGUCGGCGGCGGCGCUGUUGUUCCCGGUAGUGGUUCUUCCGGGUUUUCGGGUUUCGAUUCGGAUUCAGGGGAAAAAAGAGGGAUCCCUUUGCCUACACCAUCUGUCUCCUCGAUGCACAGUGAUCAUGUUGUGGGUUUGGGAUCUGGGUCGCCUUCGGUUUGUAGUUUUAGCUCUUCUGGUUCCUCCGAAGAUAAUCAGAUUCCAAAUGAUCCCGUUCAAUUCAUUGCCUAUAGGUCAUAUAAUGACAUGAGAGGCCAAGGUGAAACUAGAAGCAACGUGAGGUCGAGAAGCCCUGGUCCGAGGUCGAGAGGUCCAACCAGCCCAACAUCACCGCUUCAUCAUAGAUUAUCUGGAGUGAGUCUCGAGUCUCCAACAGGGAAGAAGGAAGAUGGGAAGUCUGUGUGUCAUAAGUUGCCUCUUCCACCAGGUUCUCCUACUAGUCCUCCUGCCUUGCCUAACACAAGAACUAGUGGAGUUAGUGAAAACACACCUUGCUCUCUAUCAAAAUGGCGUAAAGGGAGACUCUUAGGGAGGGGAACUUUUGGACAUGUUUAUCUUGGAUUUAAUAGUGAAAGUGGGCAGAUGUGUGCUAUAAAAGAAGUCAGGUUCGUUUCUGAUGAUCAGACAUCAAAAGAAUGCCUCAAACAACUGAACCAGGAGAUAAAUUUGUUGAAUCAGCUAUCUCAUCCAAACAUCGUCCGAUACUAUGGAAGUGAACUGGGUGAAGAAACGCUCUCUGUUUACUUGGAAUAUGUCUCUGGUGGUUCAAUCCACAAAUUGCUUCAAGAAUAUGGUUCCUUCAAGGAACCUGUUAUUCAAAACUAUACAAGACAAAUUCUUUCUGGGCUUGCUUACUUACAUGGAAGAAAUACGGUGCAUAGAGACAUAAAAGGGGCAAACAUACUAGUGGAUCCUACUGGUGAAAUCAAGUUGGCAGACUUUGGCAUGGCAAAACAUAUAUCAGCUUGUGGUACAAUGCUUUCGUUCAAGGGAAGUCCUUAUUGGAUGGCACCAGAGGUUGUAAUGAACACAAAUGGCUACAACCUUGCAGUGGACAUCUGGAGCUUGGGCUGUACUAUACUUGAAAUGGCAACAUCAAAACCACCAUGGAGUCAGUAUGAAGGGGUGGCUGCAAUAUUUAAGAUUGGAAACAGCAAGGAUGUUCCGGAGAUUCCUGAUCACCUUUCUAAUGAAGCAAAAAGUUUCAUUAGGCUUUGCUUGCAACGAGACCCGUCAGCACGUCCUACAGCCUUUCAACUGCUAGAUCACCCUUUCAUUCGUGACCAAGCAACUACAAGAGUUGCUAACAUCAGCAUAACCAAGGAUGCUUUUCCUUACACAUUUGAUGGAAGCCGCACUCCGCAGCCUAUAUUGGAAAUGCAAUCGAAUAGAAAUAAUAUCCUCUCAUUUGAUGGAGAUUAUGGGACGCAGGGAAUGGCUACAACCUCAAGAGCACUGAGGACCCCAAGAGAUAAUGCAAGAACAAUCACAUCGUUGCCCGUAUCUCCUUGUUCAAGCCCCUUAAGAUACGGUCCAGUACACAUGAGUUGUUUUCUUUCUCCUCCUCAUCCAGCUUACCAGUUUGUAGGACAGAGUGGUCAUAACUUAGGCGACUUCUCUGGGAACACAUCAAGACCAAACCCGAGAUACACUCAUGAUCCUUGGUUUGAAGCGCCACAACUAAAAGUACAAACAACAGGCACCUCGCCAAGAACAAGACCUAUUUGAGAUUAUUGUAAAUAAGUAGGAUAGAGUAUCAUCAAUGUUCCACUCCCUAUUUUGGUAAAUCUGGCAAAUUACAUUUUAACUUAAAAGGAUUCUCGGAAUGGUGAAUAUAUGGGGAACAGUGGGACUUUUGUUGCAUGGGAAAAGAUGAAGCUGGUAGAAUGUAUUUUAUAUUGUAACAACAUAUAUAUUGUUGAUUAUUUUUGGUUGUAUAUGGAAGGUGAUGACUUUCAUUUGUAA